AUGGACCAGCCUUUUGUAACUUAUGAUAACCCACUGGUGAAUGAGAAUAGAAGAUGGAGGGAUGUGCAUAGGGAUCAAAGUGAAGAGAGACCAAAGGAUGGAAGGAGAAAUGGAGAUAGGAGAGAUGAUAUGACUUGUAAUAACACAAAUAGGGGUAACCAUGUGGCGAAUAAUGGAUAUGGUAGCGAUCAAAAUAAUAGACAUAAUAGAGGCAACAAUGACAAUGAUGGAAGUGGCAAUGGUGGAGAUAGGAACAACAACAAUGGAAAUGAAGUUGAUGUAGUAGAGCAACAUGUGGUCAAUGUAAAAAAUAUCAUCGAAGAAUUCGAGAUUCCUCAUGAAGAUGUAUUCAUGAAGUUGUUCAUUCAGUCUCUAACAGAGGAUGCAAGAGAAUGCUUUUAUUUGAGUGCCUUUGACAAAAAAAUUCAUUAUGAGAUUUUGUCUAAUAGACCUGACACCUUGCAGCAAGCAUUCAAAACAACUGCUAAUAUUGAAAAUAAUAGUAAGGUUGCUGGGAAGGUUGCUAAGAGAGAUGAUCCAAAGUUGCAUAACCCCAAGAAUCCAAAGAAAGAUGAUCUCACUCAGAUCAUGGACAUUCUUAAGGACCUGAAAGGUAAGAAAAAUCCUAAUGAAAGGCCACCAUAUAGGAACAAUAAGCAAAUGAAUUACAAUAGACCAAGAUUGCGUGACAUGCCAUACAAUACAAAUUGGAAAGAUGGAAAACCAGUAAAACCUAAUACAAACAAAGAGACUCCUGAUCCAUUAAAGAAAGUCACAAAUUUUGUAGAGGAGUAUCCAUGGUGUGAUGUAUGUAAUCUGCCUCAUGCUACAGAACAAUGCAUGAUUGCCCAGGGUUUGAUAGAAAAAGAGAAUGAAAAUGAGGAUUAUGAACCAACUAUGAAUGCCCUAUCAUCUGAGCCAUAUUGGGGGAGAAAUGAUGAUUUAUCUAAAGAAGAAGAAUAUUCUGAUGUGCAUCAAAAAAGAGAGAAUUUGCAAUAUAGCAUACAACAGGUUUUUUUCGAUGAUGAUGAAGAUAUCCCUGCUUUGAGAAAACUGUUUCAAGAAGAAGCAGUGCCUUCUUUGAGAAACCAGACUGAAGAAGAAAAUAAAACCUUCAUUGUCGCAGCUAUAGAACAAGUGAAAAGAAAUUAUCAGUUGAGGAAUAGGAAUGUUAACAAUGAGAAGGGCAAGCCAGAGGGUAUCUUUGCCAAAGUCACAAAAUCUGAUGGGACAAAAAAUAACGUAGCCAUGAGUAAGGAUGCUGGUGCCAAAAAAGAGACAGAGUUGGAAAAGAAUAAGACAAUUGAAAUGCCAAAGCUUCUCAAGCCAGUGGAGAAAAAAUAA